CGGAACAAUCGCACUGCGAGCUCUUAAAAGGGAGCGAGACGGAGAAGAAGCAAGGGCCGAAGGCGAUCGCGGAGCGAUCGAGUGAGUGAGAAAGAGCGAUGGCGGUGAUGGAGAAGCUCAAGAUAUUCGUGGUCCAAGAACACGUUGUCUCGGCCUCCUGCCUCAUCGCGGGAGUUGGUCUCUUCCUUCCAGCUGUGGUCAGGCCUACAUUGGAUUCCUUCGAGACGGCCAAGCAAGUUCCACAACCUGCUUUAAGUGACGUGGUUGCAGGUGUGACCGGCAAAAAAGGGAAGUGAUCUGGAUUUAUUAUGGUGUACAAAUGUGGCCCCAUUUUUCUGUCUUUUUAUUUUUUGUUUAAUCUAUGUGACAUUUUGAUGACUGCUGUGAUGUGCUUCUGUUUUUCUGAUAUUUUCAUAACAUUGGGAAUUAGGUGCGGAAUCUAUCUGUUUUUGUUAAUGGGUUAUUGGUCUGCAUUGCAACGAAAUUCCAGGUGUCGAGCUGGAAAGGACCUGUUUAAAUAAAAGAAGAAUUUGACAGAACAUCGAGAAAAUUUUGUUUCAGUACUAUUUAUACAGCCAUUGAAGAUUGAAUGCAGGUUAACUCUGCUGCCAAGUAAAAUUUUAACAUUUAAUACAGAUUGAUCUUCAGGAUUC